UUACGGACUCCAUGUAUUGUAACACGGGAAAAUCAAAAGACAAGCUCUCGAAACCGAAUAGAAUUCCGGCAAUUUCUGACCUAAUGACCUCUUUCACUUGCAUGAACUGGUGCUGUAUUUUGUAAUUUUUCAUUGUGGGAGUUCUUCGAAAUGUUGAAGGUGGAUAAAGUUCUUCAGUUGAAAAGCAAGCAAGGAAAACCAUUACGAGUUGUGCGUGAACAUUACUUGAGAGAUGACGUGCCAUGUAAUAGUAAACUGUGUCUCAGGGAGUGUCCAAUGUCUGAAAGAUGUCUAACCAGAGAAGUAAAUCAUUAUAUCAUACCGGAUGGAGGAACUGCAAGAGAUUACCUUGAUAUCCUGGAGCUAGAUGAGUUCAAAGGUCUCAUAGUCCCACAAACUGUCCUUCAUUUCGUGAAGCAUAAUGGUAGCAGACGUCUCCUGAACAGACUGAAAGACAAAGUCAAAGACAAGAAACAUGGCUGCGCUUUCUUUGCGGAUGAAUUCUGUCGAGAAGUCUUCUCACCCAGACAACCUGGAGAGAGUGAAGAAGAGUGGCAAACCAGAUUGGUGUAUGCAUCAGCGAUGUGGUACUACAAACAUUUACAAGAACAGAUUCCAAUUGUAGUAUUGACCGAUAAUCAAGAGGUGAUAGAAAGGUAUGGAAGUCAGACCAUGAAUGUACAUGUGAAGACUAUGGGGGACUAUCUCUCCUUGUUCUGGCCAGAUCUUACUCAAGCUCAUGAUAUUCUGGAAUCAGUGAAGGCAUCUCUAGCAGCUGCUGUAGAAGAAGAUGGGAGUAAGGAGUAUAGAGAUCACAUGUUGAGUGAUGAUUUGAGUACUGGAAUCAAAACAGGAAGAUACAUUGAAGGAAUGCUACGGGUCAACAAACAUCAUGCUCAGGACGAGGCCUAUUUACAAAGAAAAGAGUCAGCUCAGAGUUCUAAAGAUACCAAAUUAGAAUCUGAUAUCUUGAUAUCUGGGAGUAAAAAUAGAAAUCGAGCUGUUCAUGGAGACAUUGUGGUGGUUGAAUUGCUCCCAAAGGCUCAGUGGACUGGAAAGAGACUUGCUUUAAAAUCUGGAGAUGAUAAAGAAGAGGAAUCUAUGAGUGAAGUGGUCCCAUGUGGACGAGUGGUUGGCAUCUCAGAGAGGAACUGGAGGGACUAUGUUGCAACAUUCCCAGAUAGAGAUGAGAUUGCAGCUAAUCAAGGGAGUAAGAUUCUUGUGAUUCCUUGGGAUUACAGAAUUCCUAAGAUAAGGAUUAGUACAAGACAAGCAGAUGCACUCAAUGAUCAAAGGAUUGUUGUUCGACUUGACAACUGGCCAGCAGACUCCCAGUAUCCUAAUGGUCACUAUGUCCGGUCACUUGGUCCCAUCGGUGAGCUAGAGACGGAGGUAGCGGCUACUUUGAUUGAGAAUAGCUUAUCAGUGGGUCCAUUUUCUGAAGGACAGAUCAAAGAAAUGCCCGUUAACACCCCUGAAAACCCCUGGCUAAUGACCGAUGAGGAAAUGGGUAAGCGGCGAGACCUCCGCCGCUCACAUCUUAUAUUUAGUAUUGACCCCAAAGGAUGUGAAGAUGUUGAUGAUACUCUUUCUGUGAGAGAGCUUGAUAAUGGAAACAUAGAGCUUGGGGUCCACAUAGCUGAUGUAUCUUACUUUGUGAAAGAAGGAAGUCUCACUGAUCUAGAAGCAAGAUUAAGAUCAACCACAGUUUAUUUGGCCGACAGACGCUAUGACAUGCUUCCCACAAUCCUUAGUGCCGAUCUCUGCUCUCUGAUUGGUGGAGUGGAUCGCUAUGCAGUCAGUGUGCUGUGGGAAUUGAAACCUUUCACAUAUGAAGUGGAUAAGAAAAAGGUUUGGUAUGGGAGGACUAUCAUCCGCUCAGCCUACAAGAUGUUCUAUGAGGCAGCUCAAAUGUUGCAUGAUGGGAAGGAUCUAUCGGCAGAUGACAUACCCGAGCUGAGAGAUGUAGAUGAUGUAACCAGGGAACUAGAGCUUGAAAGAUUAAAGUGGGCAGUAGAUCAGCUAAUGAUGAUUGCUCGUAAGCUGAAAGCGCAGAGAGAGGUUGGGGGUGCUGUUCAGCUUGAAGGCACAGAGGUCAAAGUUGAACUCAACGAAGAACAAGAGAUUGAAAAUCUUGUUCCAAAGCAGACUCUUGAGAUCCAUGAGACCAUAGCUGAAUGUAUGAUCUAUGCCAAUCAUUGGGUGGCUAAGAAGAUAGCGCAAUCAUAUCCUCAUGCUGCUCUGUUAAGACACCAUCCACUUCCAAGGCAGGAACAGUUCCAGGAUCUAAUAACCAGUGCCAGGUCUAAGGGGUUUACUGUAGAUACCAGUUCAAACAAGCUACUUGCCGAGUCCCUUGAUAGAUGUAUAGACAGGAAAGAUCCUGUCUUCAACAAGGUUCUUCGUUCCCUAGCAACCAAGGCAAUGUCUAACGCCCUCUACUUCUCAACUGGUAGCCUGUCUGUUGAUCAGUUCUUUCACUAUGGUUUGGCAAUGGACAGGUAUACACAUUUUACAUCUCCCAUACGAAGAUACGCUGAUAUCAUUGUUCAUCGUCUGUUACUUGCUGCUAUGAGAGAGGUACCAGAAUCAGAAAUUGGGUUGCAAAGUAAUCAGAACCUGCAGGAACUCUGUCAACACCUGAACAGGAAACAUAGAGCUGCUCAGAAUGCCCAAAAGGACUCCCAAGAACUGUUUCAAGCCCUAUUCUUCAAGGAUCGAGAACCAUCAGAUGAAGCGUGUAUUGUUGAUGCUGUUAUUCAGAACCUCAGGGCAAAUGGUGUCUUGGUUUUUAUUCCAAGGUAUGGUAUUAAAGGAGCGGUCUAUCUUCGAGAUAAAGCUGGUUUAGUUUGUGAUACAUCAAUCCCUCAUCAACCUCAAUGGGUGCAAGGUUCUCUAUCAAGGUCAGAGUUUGCUAUCACAGUGCAGGCAGGGGAGCAUGUAUCCACAUACAGACUCUUUGAUCACAUCACAGUUGGUAUUAGUGUUCACAACUCUAGAGCACACCCAAACUCUCUCCGGUUGGAGCUGCUAGCUUCCAAGCCCCACAACUUUGAUCUACAAGAAGAUGGACUUGGCAGUUCACUUAGGACGAACAUUGUCCAGGAGGUCAAGUCAUUGAGUGAUGAGAGCCCGUUUUCAUCGAUAAAUCUUCAAGAUCAAAUGGUAGUGCUAGGAUCAACCCUUCCCAUGCUGCGUAAGAUGUAUGGACAGACAGAUGGAAAUGUUUACACUAUGUUUCAAGACUUUUCUAAUAUGAACUUAAAAGAGAAAGAUUCAUGACAAAUGUUGAUGAUGAUGAUGCACAGCAUUUGUAUAGCGCCAUGUAUCCGUCAAAGACAUUCAAAGGCGUUUUUUGGAGGAGCUUUUCUGGGUCGCCUAGAAGGGAGCGCACACAGAACUGUGACCCGCAGGUCUCUCCUCCCAAUAUGAUUGGGGGAAUGCUAGUGGACCACUACACCGGGGUUUCCCGCUACUCUUAUUGGCCAAAUCGUGGUUUUGGG